CGCCCGAGAAGAAGCUCGCCUCCCUACAUGGCCAUGGCGAUGGCCACAGAGAAAGGCCGCGGCUGCGAGGUGGAGGUGGAGGCAAGAGGCAUCAACCACCACAUCCCCAUCGCGCACUCUAGUCUCAUGAUGAAAAUAUGGAGCAGGGACGAGGCCGACGAAGGCGACCAACACCUCCACCCGACCCGCCACGUUCUCCGCAACGUCUCCUGCCGCGCCCGCCCCGGCGAGCUCCUCGCCAUCGUCGGCCCCAGCGGCGCCGGCAAGUCCACCCUGCUCGAGAUCCUCGCCGGCCGCCUCCACCCCUCGUCGCCUCCCGAUCUGCUCCUCAACGGCGCCCCCGCCACCAGCGCCGACCUGCGCCGCGUCUCCGCCUACGUAACCCAGCGCGACGUCCUCUUCCCUCUCCUCACCGUGCGCGAGACGCUGCACUUCAGCGCCCGCCUCCGCCUCGGCACGCGCGUCUCGCCCAAGGACAUCGAUGCGCUCAUCGAUGACCUCACCCUCGCCCGCGUCGCCGCAACCAGGGUCAAGGACCUCUCAGGCGGCGAGCGACGCCGCGUCUCCAUCGGCGUCGAGGCCGUCCACGACCCCGCGGUGCUCAUCCUCGACGAGCCCACCUCCGGCCUCGACAGCGCCUCCGCGCUGCAGAUCGUCGGCGCGCUCCGCGCCAUGGCCGAGACGCGCCGCCGCACGGUACUGCUCAGCAUCCACCAGCCAGGCGCGCGUAUUGUAAAGAUGUUCGACUCCGUCCUCCUGCUCGCCGGUGGCUGCGUCCUCCACCAUGGCACCGUCGAUGCCCUCCGCUCAAUGCUCGCCUCCGCGGGUCUCACGCUUCCCCCGCACGUCGACACUGUCGAGUUCUCCAUCGACAACGUGGACGCACUCCGGCGCCGGACCGCCGGUGAACAGGCCACCCAACCGGCAGCGCAGCUCCCGCCGGCCCGCGACCGGUGCACGCUGCAGCAGCUGUUCCAGCAGCACAAGGUGGCCGACGAGGACACGCUGCGCAUGGACAUGGACAGCAGUAACACUAGGGUGCGGGCGAGCAGCCGGUACGCCAACUGUUGGGCGCGCGAGGUGGGCGUGCUAUCGCAACGCUUCUUCAAGAACGUGGCGCGGACGCGGCAGCUCUUCGCGUGCCGCACGGUGUGCAUGCUGGUGGCCGGCCUUGCGCUGGGCUCCAUUUUCUACGACCUGGGCGAGGAGAAGGUGGCGGAGCGCGUCGGCCUCUUCGCCUUCCUCCUCACCUUCCUGCUGUCGUCGACCACGGAGGCGCUGCCCAUCUUCCUGCAGGAGCGGGAGAUCCUGGCAAAGGAGACGUCGUCGGGAGCGUACCGCGUGUCGUCGUACGCCGUGGCCAACGCGGUAGUGUUCCUGCCGUUCCAGCUGGCGCUGGCCGUGGUGUUCGCGGCGCCGGUGUACUGGCUGGCGGGGCUCCGGCGCACGGCGGCGGCGUUCGGGUACUUCGUGGUGCUGGUGUGGCUGAUCCUGUACACAGCGAACUCGGUGGUGGUGUGCUUUGCGGCUGCGGCGCCGGACUUCGUGGUGGGGAAUGCGGCGAUCCAGGGGGUGAUGGGAUCAUUUUUCCUCUUCUCCGGCUACUUCAUCACGCGGGCGGCGAUGCCGGCGUGCUGGGUGUUCAUGCACUACCUGUCGCUGUUCAAGUGGCCGUUCGAGGCGCUGCUGGUGAACGAGUUCGCGGGAGGGGAAAGGUGCGUGGCGCGGGUGCUCGGCGCGUGUGUGGCCACCGGAGACGAGGUGCUGCGCCGGGAGGGACUCGGCGAGGAGUGCCGAUGGCGCAACGUGGGCGUCAUGGUGGGCUUCGUGGCGGCCUACAGGGUGCUGGGAUACGCCGUGCUGAGGGCAAGGUGCAGCCUCGCGCUCAGGCCAGCAGCACGCCGACGGGGCCUCAUCAGCCUCCGGAGCAUCCCCGGAUCGUCUUCGUCGCCUACCUCCUGACUCGAUCUAUAUCACUGCUCCUGGAAAACCUACUCUACUGUACUAGUGGUAUUUAGCUAACACCACCAUGGAUGUUUCUUCAGUUUUCUCUCUCUCGUCCAUGCAGCCUCUACUUCUGUUGUUAUACUACUAGUAAUAUACUCGGGUUUGCAUAACUAUAUAACUAUAUAAUUAACGACGAUGGACUGUAUGCACGUACCUACAGAGAAAAAAUGGUCUUUUAAGAACUCACUCUAUCAUUUUGCUAUUUUUGUGGGAGUGGUGUUUUUUACGCUGGGACCCGGACAGCAUAAUCACUUUGUCCUUUUCUUCUUCUUUUUUUUAAGAUAACUGCUACUGUAUUACACUACAAAACCAAUAAUUACUUAAUA